CGGGCCGGGCGUCCUUCCCGGGAGAGGUGCACUGCGCCGCCCCGAGACGAGCCCGCCGCCCGGUAGCAGGGCGGCGACCAGGCGCCGGGGAGCCGAGCGUGGCCUGCGUUCGCUCCUUCCCUUGCCGGUGCUCCACCCGGCCUCGCUCCGGGCAGAGCUCCCCCGCGCUCCCGCGCCAGGCCUGCAGCAGGUGUUCAGGGGCUGCUUGCUGAACCAAGUGCAGAAGGAGAGGAUCGCAGAGCUCUACCCGGGGCGUAGGAGGGCUCUGGCCUUGCGAGGGGCCUGCCCACAUCCCGCCCUCGGGGCAGCCAUGAGCCUGGUGGCCUGUGAGUGUCUGCCCAGCCCAGGCCUGGAGCCCGAGCUCUGCUCACGACCCCGAUCCCAGGCCUGUGCUUACCUGGAGCAGAUUCGCAGCCGCGUGGCUGCGGGGGCCGCUGACAUGGCCAAGUGUGACUACCUGGUGGAUGCGGCCACGCAGAUCCGGCUGGCCCUGGAGCGCGACGUUAGCGAGGACUACGAGGCGGCCUUCAACCACUACCAGAACGGCGUGGAUGUGCUGCUCCGUGGGGUGCACGUGGACCCCAACAAGGAGCGGCGCGAGGCAGUAAAACUGAAAAUUACCAAGUACCUGCGGCGGGCCGAGGAGAUCUUCAACUGCCACCUGCAGCGGAGGCUGGGCGGCGGCCGCAGCCCUGACGCGGGGUUCAGCAGCCUCCGGCUCCGGCCCAUCCGCACGCUGAGCUCUGCCCUGGAGCAGCUGAGGGGCUGCCGCGUGAUCGGGGUCAUCGACAAGGUGCAGCUGGUCCAAGACCCGGCCACUGGAGGGACCUUCGUGGUGAAGAGUCUGCCCAGGUGUCAGGUGGCGAGCCGGGAGCGGCUGACCGUGAUCCCGCAUGGGGUCCCCUACAUGACAAAGCUGCUGCGGUACUUCGUGAGUGAGGACUCCAUCUUCUUGCACCUGGAGCACGUGCAAGGAGGCACUCUCUGGUCCCACCUGCUGUCCCAGGCACAGCCCCAGCAUUCUGGCCUCCGGCCUGGCUCCACUCAGAAGAUGGGGGCCCCACUCAAUGCCUGCCUCAGUCUCCUGACCCCAGCACGGCUCCCCCGGGGCCACACCACCGCGCAGGACAGAACCCCUCUGGAGCAGCCUUGGACUUCUCAGAGCCUUCCCUCAGCCGCCCCAGCCGGGGAGGCGCUGCCCCUCCGGGCCCCAGGAGAGCCUGAGCGUGAAUCCGUAGCCAGAGCCAGCCCUUCCUGCUCCUUGGACCUCACGGAAGCCCCAGGGGGCCCCUUUCACCUGCAAGCCCGGCGGGCUGGCCAGCAUGAAGACCCUGGGGGCCCCCGGGGGCCGCCGUGGGUCCGUGAGGGGGCUGGCCGGGUGCUGCGGGGCUGCGGCCGAGGCAGAGGUCAGAGCCGCCCAGCAGCGGACAGGCCCGGCCAGGCGUGCGGCCGCGCGGCCUGGAGUGUGGCGGAGGAGCAGGCGGCGCGGUGGGCGGCGGAGAUGCUGGUGGCGCUGGAGGCGCUGCAUGAGCAGGGGCUGCUGUGCCGGGACCUCAACCCCCGGAACCUGCUCCUGGACCGGGCAGGUCACCUCCGGCUCACCUACUUCGGCCAGUGGUCAGAAGUGGAGCCUCAGAGCUGCAGGGAGGCGGUGGACCGCCUCUACAGCGCCCCAGAGGUGGGUGGCCUUGCUGAGCUGACCGAAGCCUGUGACUGGUGGAGCUUUGGCGCGAUACUGUAUGAGCUGCUGACGGGAGUGGCACUGUCCCAGAGCCACCCCUCAGGAUUCCAGGCCCACACCCAUCUCCAGCUGCCAGAGGGGCUCAGUCGCCCAGCAGCCUCCCUGCUGACUGAGCGCUAUCCAGUGGAGCAGACUGGUAGGGUAAGAGCGGCACAGUGGGCAAGAAAACUGCUGGCGUGGCCCGGAUCUCCACCGUCUGCGUGUUACCCAGGGCUGGUCCCUCAGCCCCGUGAGCUUCAGGCCAAGGACGUAGGGCCUUUCCUGCUCAGCUCCGUUUGGGCCUCAGAAGCAGUCAUUGCCUCUGCUCCAAAAGCUACGAGGAGGGGGCAGCAAGGCUCACCCUUUCCACCCAUGUCAGCGGACUCCUGUUGAGCGCAUACCGAGUACCUUCACACAGACCCGCCGCGCUCGAGGGUGCCGCUUCGUCGCAGGCUCCGGACCGACCGCCUGCUGAGCCUACCUCAAGCUCUUGUGACUCACUGCCACCUGGGUCAUCUCGGGAGCGGCGUCCCAGGAGACUGAGCCACGGGCACAGCGGCCCAAAUUAGGGCUGCCCUGACUGUCUUCGUCACGAGAGCGGGCGGCUCCCACCAGAGGCUGCCCUCGGGACGGGAGGCAGGAAGCAGGCACUGGCGGUGGAGUGGGGCGGGUGGGGGCAGGAUGGGGCACCCUCCACUCCUGCCCAGGCCCCCUAGCCGUGGUGUCAGGCUUUGGAGAGCAAAGCGGGGUGGAGACACAGCUCUGCCAUGAGAGCAGGUCUGAGGAGGGUGAGUGCGCCCUCCCCGGCCGCCCGUGUCGGGGAGCCUGGCCUGGGCCCGCGGGCUGGAGAAGCGAGGGCAGGUCACGCCCAUCAAGAGUUCCCUCUCAGGAAUUGUUCUCUUCACCUGUCUGCGUUUUGGUCAUGAGGUUCUACUCUAUUCACGGCCCACUGUGAGUGACUUUACCCUCUUCUAGAAUGAGAACCACACAACACGUGAUUACUCUUGGUCAGAAGCAAGAUGCUUCUGGUCUCUAAAGAACUGGAGUUGAGUACCUCAAAAACAACUCUUCCAGAUUUGAGGCUGCUCAGGACUUACCACCUGUCACUGGGCUGUGGCAGCAAGACAAACUUCAGGACACCUCUGCCCCUAGCUCCUUCCCUCCUGCCUCAGCCUCCCGAGUGCAGGAGUUACAGGCAUGCACCACCACGCCCUCAUUCCCACCAGUCUUAACCACUGCCACGUGGAACGUCCGCCACAGGUUCAACUCUUGAGCAACUCAGACUCCCUGGGGUGGGGCGGAGUACGGACAUGACAACGGAUGGACACACCAACACGGCCUGUAGCCAGCUCCCUCUCUUCUACAUCUUGUCUGUCCCUCGGGCCUGCCCAUCCCCCAAUAAAACCCGCUCUUCCUGUGA